AUGUCCGCCCAAGCCACAUCUACGCAACCCGCAAGCCAAAAAAAACCUGAAGCUGUGCCUCAAUCCCAGCAACAGAAGCCCGCCGCUCUAGAAGAAGAUGACGAGUUUGAAGAUUUCCCUGUCGAAGAUUGGCCCCAAGAUGAAGCUGAAACAACUGGUUUCGCGUCCAGCGGAGACACCUCCAGUCACCUCUGGGAGGAGAGCUGGGACGACGAUGAUAACAAUGAAGAUUUCUCGAAACAACUAAAGGAGGAGCUAGAAAAGGUCGAAGCGGCGAAGGGUUCAUAG